AUGUCGGACUCGGAAGCAGACAGGCCCUCAGAGGCGACCAUCACCAACAGACUACGCGACAUUGUCAUCGCCAUACACAAAUCUGGAAAGAGCGAUGAUCUGACUGUGAAGCGCGUUCGAGCGCGCGCUGAGAAGGAGCUAGGCCUAGACGACGGCUUCUUCAAGACGGACUCGGCUUGGAAAGAAAAGUCACAGAAAACAAUCGUCGACGCAGUGGAGAAAUUCUGCAACGACGAGCCUUCGCCAGAGCCUACCCCCAAAAAGGCCGCCCCGAAGCCCAAAGCAAAGCCCGCGGAAAAGAAGACAAAGGCUGUGACCGAGAACGCCCGAGGCGUCAAGCGCAAGGCUGCGGCACCUGCCAAGAAGCCCAAGAAGCGCGCGAAGACAGAGUCUGAAGAAUCCGAGGCUGAACUCUCAGAACCGCCCGCCGAGAUAUCCGACGCUGAGAGCGAACCAACUAAGAAGCCAAUACGUCGACGGAACAAGGUAGUGGCAGAAGACUCCGACGACGAGGAUGCGCCAGAGCCAACUUCGAAACCCACCACUGCUGAGGACGACAGCGACGCCAAAACCGAGCCAGCGAAGAAGACAGACACAAAAGGCGACGUAUCCGACAGUGAGCUGUCUAGCGUCAUAGAUGAAGAGCCAAAGAGAAAGAAGAGAGCCCCUGCAGCCAAGGGCAAGAAGGAAAAGGCUCCCACAAAGCCAAAAGCCGCGCCAAAAGCGAAGGCUGAAGACGACCCCGACACUGCUGAAGUCAAGCGGCUUCAAGGCUGGCUCGUCAAGUGUGGCAUACGCAAAGUCUGGUCGCGAGAUCCUGAGCUCUCCCAGUGCGACACCUCGAAAGACAAGAUCCGCGUGCUAAAGGGCUGGCUGAAAGACGUGGGCAUGGAUGGCAAAUACUCUGUUGAGAAGGCUGCUAAGAUCAAGGAGCAGAGAGAGUUUGCAAAGGACCUCGAGGCUAUCAAGGAGGGUGAGGCCGCAUGGGGCAAAGCGAGCGAGGUCACAGCUACGGGUCGACCGAGCCGACGGGCGGCAGCCAAACCUGUGCCACAACAGAAAGUUGUGCUCGAAGAUGAUAGUGAAGAAGAAGGCGGCGAUGACAAUGACGACGAUGACAACGAUGAUGAUGACGACGUUCAAGCCGACUCGGAAGACGACGGUGACGAUAACGGCGAUAAGAGCAGCGACAGCGCAGGCGACGACUCCGAAUAA